ACCCAGGAGCCCUUAAAGGAGCCCCAGGGGCCCCAGGCAGGAAUCCCCACCCCGGCCGGAGCAGCCUGGCUCGGCCGCAGCCGCCGUUCGGAGCCCGGCAGCCCCCUCCCCGCGCGGGCAGGGCUCUGCGGUAGCCCCGAGCCUGCCCCGCGGCCCCGGCGCGGAUGGACAGGCGGCCGGAGGGGGGCGGGUGCUGACGGACGCACGGACAGAGGGAUGGAGCCGCCUCCCUCCCCUCCCCCCCGCCGCCCCGUCAAACGGGAGCCCCUGGACCCGGAGGCAGGGGAAUCCCCAAGCCAGGACAACUCCGGCGGCACUGAGGCCCCUGAGUUGAUGCUAGGGGGGUCCCUGGCAUGGGGGACCCCCAAGGAUCACCCCCUGAUGGCCUCAGGGGGGCGAAAGUACUCAGAUCACUGUGAGGAGCGGGCAUCUCGGCCUGGAAAGAGCCGAAUCCCCGGGCGGGACCAUCGGCGCUAUUAUCACGAGCACUGGCGGGCUGAGUACCUGAUGGACUUCAACCCAGCACGGCAUGGCAUGAUCUGCAUGGUGUGUGGCAGUGCCCUGGCCACCCUCAAGCUGAGCACCAUCAAGCGUCACAUCCGCCAGAAGCACCCCUACUCUGGGGGCUGGGGCCCCCGUGAGAAGCAGGUCAUCAUCCAGAGCUGGGACGCCCAUCUCGGGCUGGACGGGGAGUCUGAGGGGCACGGAGACCCCGCCCAGGCACCUGACAGCCUGCAGGGAGCACAAGGGACGCUGUUGGCAGGGGGCGGGUUCCGGCGUCGGCGCCGUGCCCCAUGCUCAUCCCCCCGGGGGGCUGCCCGGCGGCCGGCGGUCGGGGGCAGAAAGGUAUCGCCCAGCGCCCGCCGGCUGGAGCGCUAUGUGCGUGAGUCCCUGCAGAGCUGGUUCCAGGCAGAGUUCCUCAUGGAUUAUGAUGCCCAGGGCAACCGGCUGCGCUGUAUGAUGUGUGGGCGCGGGCUGCCCAGCCUCAACCUGGACGACAUCAAGCGCCACGUGCUGCAGGCUCACCCCGCCUCGCUCGCCUUCAGCCCCGCUGAGAAGGGCGCCAUCCUGGAGGCCUGGAACUCCCGCGCCCUGGUGCUGGCCGCUGGCAAGGGCUGGGCGCCGCAGGAGGAGCGCCCUGCAGAGCCUGAUGCCCCCUCCCCUGGGGACCUUAGCGGUGAGGCCCCUGAGCCAUGUUCAGCAACAGCUGCCCCAGAGCCAGAGGAGAGCAGCUCUCUGGGGAGCUGGGCCAAGGAGGAGCCUGUGGCGCCAUGGGAGCUGGAUGCGGGGGGGCCACUGCGGGGUAAGGACCAUCGGCGCCAUUUCCAGGAGCACUGGCGGCUGGAGUACCUGAUGGACUACCACGGCGAGCGGCACGGGCUGGUGUGCAUGGUGUGUGGGGGAGCACUGGCCACCCUCAAGAUGAGCACCAUCAAACGCCACAUCCGCCAGCGGCACCCUGACUCCACCCUGCUCAGCCACCAGGUCAAAGCCCUGAUCGUGGAGGAGUGGAACCGCAAGGUCGCCCAGCUGGUGGAGAUGGGGGCACCCCUGCCAGAGCAGGCCUCAGGAGACUCCCAGAAUCCUUUGCAGCCAUCAAGCCCCGAGGAGGUGGAUGAGGACGUGCAACUGCUUGCAGAGGGGGAAGAGGAAGAGGAGGAUGAGUGUGUGUUGGUGGAGGGGACGCCCCCAUCUACCCCACAGAGCCCCCCUGACUCCACAGCUGGCCCCCAACUGGGCCCGGCACCUGCACCGCGGCGGGAGCAGCGGCGGAACUACCAGCUGCACUGGCGCGUGGAGUACCUGAUGGACUACGAUGGCAGGCGGCACGGUCUGGUGUGCAUGGUGUGCGGGGGGGCGCUUGCCACCCUCAAGGUGAGCACCAUCAAGCGCCACAUCCUGCAGGUGCAUCCCUUCUCCUUGGACUUCACCCCAGAGGAGCGGCAGACCAUCCUGGAGGCCUACAAUGAGACCACGCUGCGCUAUGAGCCUGCCCUGGGGGAGGAGUCUGAGGUUAAGCCCCUCCCCUUCCUCCAGGCCACUCCUGCUGCUGGGGAAGAGGCAGAGUUGGCCUGUGCCCCACCCACCAGCACAGCAUAGUUGAUGGACAGGACUCCAUCUUGACUCUUUGGAGCAGGGGUGGGGGGUCCAGGCUAUGGACAGACACCCCUUGCUCAGGGGGCUCGUUUGGGAGCAGGAUAGGGGGUUCUACACCCACCCAUGCUAUGGACAUUGUCCCAGGAACUACACAGCACCUUCCCCUACCCCCACCCUGAUACAUCUGCUCCUCACGCACUGAUACUCCAUAGCCCAAACUUGGGGGUGGGGGAAAGGGCUUCACAUGGCCCCCUAUAGCUUUUAAUCCCCCCACCAUCUGAGCUGGGGAUGGCACAGAAAUGGGGUUUUGGGGCUGAGGGCGCAUGGGGCUGGAACCCAGCUGCUCAGCGAGCCGGUGAGAGAGGGCGUUUGCAAGACAUGGGGAUUGGGGAAAGGGAUGGAAUCAUCUCCCUGCCUGGGGCAGGCACUAGUGAGCAUGGGGGAAGCUGCUCUAUUUAAGGGGCUAGUUCCAGACCCCUCCUGGGACUCUUCCUGGCCCCCAGGGUAGCUGGUUUGAAAAGCUGCUGCUGCCAAAUCCCAGCCUCCCCCAGUUCCUGUCUGGCCUCUGAAUGGGGCCCAUCUCCUCCUGGCCCUCAGCCCCAGCUGCAGGGUUUCACUCCAGCAGCCUCUUCCUGGCACAGGUGCAGGCUGGAAUCCAUGUCCCUCAGAGCUAAUUGGAUGUAACCCCAAUGCUUCCUUUCCCCCACCCACUUCAGGGAAAGUGCCACCCUCUGUGGAGAGUCUAGACUGGCCUUUGCAGUCAUGUUUAUUAGCUUAAUUAGCCGCCAGAGUCACCGUACCUCAUCUAGAUGCAACAUCCUAAGAACCUUCCUUGGGCUGAAGUUAAACUGACCCUCCCCUGCCAGCACCAGGGGGCCCUGGUAAGUAACGCCCCCACCGAAUGCCAAGCAGUGCUGCUUAUGCGAGUCCUUGGCCCCCAUCGCGCAUGGACAGCUGCCCAACUGGAAAGCAGCGUUUUGCACUCACUUCCAACUCGUGUAAAGUAGGGAAGCAGGGUCCCUGCCUUGAGCCAUGUGGGCUGGAAUUUCAAGCGCUGGAGCAAGGCCACAGCUGGGGGGCCUCAGAUGGGGGUAAGGGGGUCGAGGCUGGGCCGCAGCUGGGGGUGGGACUGGGGGCAGGAGCAGAGCCACAGCUGGGCAAUGGUGGGGGCCAAUAGCUGGGCUCCUGGCUGGGGACGGGGCUGGAGCUGUGGCUGGGGGUGGAGAAGAGCUGGGGGCAGGGUGGGGCUGGGUGACACUUCUUCCCUGCCCCCUGUGGGGGCUGGCCUGGACCUGCUGCACUGCCCAAACGUUCCUCCUUGCCUCCAUGGGGUGGGUGCACCCCACAGUUUGGGGACUUCUGCCCUAUGGGAAGUUAAGAUACUUCUGAUUCCACCAUCAGCUAGUGGUAGGGACAGCUGCCAUGCAAAGACAGACAGUAGUAGAAGCUGAGAUCCACACUCUUUGCUACCACCCCAAAUGUAUAGAUGGGAAAACUGAGGCCAAGAGCAGCUUAGCGACUUGCUCAGGGUCCCCCAGAAGGUGUGGGGCAGAGCAGGGAAUUGAACCCAGGUCUCCUACUGACCAGUGCUCUAACCACUAGGCCCAUCUUAUGCAUGGGGGAGCAGAUAUCUCUCUGUGCUAGUUCCCCAGAAACAUCUUGGCUCGGGGGUCUCCCAGAUGCCGAUUUGAUGGGGCAGAGCGGCAACUGCUGUGAAUUGGCAUAGCCCCUGCUGGCUUCCACGCAGCUGAUCUCAGGUCAGGGUUGGAUCUGCCCCAGGUGCCCUCGCCCCCACUGCCAGCUAGGAAAGGAUGGGUCCUUCUCUGCUCCAUCUGCCAGGCUUCACAAGUGUCCUGUCCUAAGCUCCCAGCUGCCCUAUGUGUGGCCAAUAGCCCUGUAGCCCUCCACCAUGCAGGGGCAACAUCUGUUGAGUGGCAGCGAUCCCUCCCCUUCGUUCUUUGCUCUGUACUGGCCCCCCUCUCCCCAGUGAUGGGGAUGAGGAUUGAUGUAGGUGCCUGGGGCACUGUCGCAUGGACCUGCCUCUGUCUCUAAUGUGGGCUGGCAAUGGGAUACUGGGCUAGAUGGGCCUAUUUGUUGUAAUGUGGGGGGGAGGAGGGGGACACUGGCUGCGAUGGGCCCUUUGGUCUGAGCUGGGGCAGGGAGGCCCGGCCCCAUAGGGUCAUUGGUCUGAUGCAGGAUGAAAGCUCCUGGCAAACCCUUGGCAGGCUGGAGCAGCUGGACCCUGACUGCCAUAGAGAGACAAGGGCAACGCUGCCAUCACCUCCCCUGCCCGCCAAGGCUGCUUCUGCUGGCGGCCGAGAAUGUGGUGCUGCUAUACAUUGAGCACAGUGGGGCCUGUUCCAACUGCUGCUUUGCAAAUACCAGCAAAUGUGCCCCUCCCUGCUGCCUUCAGGGACAUUAAGUGGCUCCCAGUUUACAAGGGGGAAACUGAGGCAUGGAAGGGCUUUCUGGAAGAUGGCCCAACCUUGCAACUCCAGGGGCUGGGAGAUCCAAUGGAGACAAAUCCACCAGCAACCACUUGUUACUUGCACCCUUGCUCCUAGCCUGCUCUGAGCAGGGUUACUGAGCCAGCUGCUGAUCCACACUAGUGCACCCUCCCUCCUUAGCAAAGGGGUAGAGAGUUACCUUAGAGCAUGUGUGGGAGCCCUGGGAUUACACCACCAACCCCUCUCUGCUGCCCCUCUCACUUCUCCUCCAAGGCACUGGAGCCAUUCAGUUUUGCUCAUACUGCUCUAACCAUCUAUAUUUGGAAAUCUUUCAGUGCUUCCCCCCAUGUGUCAUCUCUAGGCUGGGGAAGGAGGGGGACUCCCUUUCUGCUCUCUCAGACACAGCAGCUCGCCCCUUGUGCUGGGGCAGCUCUGCUCACAUGCGCCCAGGCUCCAAAGUGAUGGGUUCUUAAGCAGGCCACCUCUUCAAAGUGCACCGGGACAGCCCCCUUGGAGGCUCCAUCUCCGAGCAGCUGCAUGAAUUAGGGUGCUAACCUCAGACUUAGGGGAGCAGAGAAUGAACCCAGGUCUCCCAUAAGCUUCCUGUGCUUCCUUGGGGAAGUCACUUAGGCUCAGUGCCUCAGUGUCCCUCUCUCUACAAUGGGGCUAAUAGCACUGCUCUGCCUCAUGGGGGGAGGAGGGAUGAUAAAUCCAUUAAAGAUUUGGGGGUGGCUCAGAUCAAAUGGUAUUUUAGAUGAACGGUUCCAGCUGAUGGGCUGUAGGGUUGGAUGGAUAUUUGAGGGUAGAGAGGGCCCACUGGUCUGAUCUGGGAGCAUGGGGGGAGGGGGGGGGCAGCCUAGCUGGGCCCAUUGCUAGAUGGGGCCCAACAGGCCUCUGGUUCUGAUCCAUGCUGCAUAAUCUAGACAAAAAAGAUGUUUAGAUGCUUAGAUGUUAUAGCAGAGUCACCUUAGCUGCGGGAGGGGGGGGCGGGAAGUGUACUGCGGAUAGAAACAAGGCCUCAUUCUACCCCAAGGAGAAACCCACCUCAGGCUAUGACACUGGAAGGGGGCAGAGUUGGCAAGUUAUUAUCUAGAGCCCAUCAUGCAGGGCUGGAUCUGCUGCUAAACACCCCCCCCUCCC